CCCGGCGUACAUAUUACUUGGUCACCAUCAUCUCUCCCGAGAGCAACCAUUGAUCAAUACAAUCCAUGAAAAUUACCAAGAUCCUCAAGGCACAUCAUACUUUGCUUACUAUAGCAAGACCUCUUCUCAGGUUGCCCCUCCUACUCCAGAUAAUGCCAUCACAGCAGAAAGCAGACAAGUUGCAGUGAUGCAAUUGAAUAUGGAAGAAAGGGAUCAAGGGCGAGAAGAAAUAAGUGUCCCAGCCACAAAGUGUGACAAUUCACAGAACAAACUCUAUGACCCUGUCAUAGAAUUUACUGCUGUUUCUACUCCAUGCAAGGAGAAUCACAACCUCAAUAAGGAAAUAAGCCAUGAUAUUGAUCUAAAUAAAACACCGGAACCAAAACCAAGAAGAAGAAAGCACCGCCCCAAGGUCAUAACUGAAGGCAAACCCAAAAGAACUAGGAAGCCAGUCACACCAAAGCCUGUUCAAUCAAAAGAAAACCCAACUGGCAAGAGGAAGUAUGUGAGAAGGAAAGGAUCAAACACAACUUCUACUCCUCAAACAGAAGUGACAGGAGACUGGACCCAACCAUUGAUGCCUGAAUCUUCCAAAAAGACAUGCAGAAGGUCCUUAAGUUUUGACAUAGGAGAACAACCGAGAGAUGUAAAUUCUGCAUGUACAGAAAAUGCAACCACACAUUUUGGCAGAGAAAUUGGUGUGGUGGUCAAGGAAACACAGGCUUUAAAUAAUUACAAGUCAUUACAAGAAGAUACACAAGGCCCCAGUACCCCUCAUUUGAAAAGCAAUUUCCCAGGGGCAAAGCCAAAUGCCAACUAUGAAGAGACUGGCAGCCAAAAAUGGGGUUGGAUGAUUACUCGGGAUGGAAAUGAAAAUAGUGCAAAAAUACUAUCAAAAUCAGUAGCACAAUCAAGUCCAAAUGAUUGCAACAGCAGUAAGAGUGAAAUUUUCACCACUGGAUUACAAGUAUUUGGUUCCAAGAGAAAACAUUGUGGUGCCAUUGAAAAUGCAGACAACAGCAGCAUUAAUCUGAUUGGGGCACAAUAUAAUGUAAUGCAGGCAUACUACCCAAAGUGUUUAGUUCAAUUUCCAAAUGUUCAGAAGAAAAGGAGAAGUGAAAAGGGGAAAAAUAACACAUCAAAUGCAUCAUUCAUGACUUCCACAAAAGAUGUACAACUAGCAACAUGCCCUCAAGAAGAUGCUAGAUCACAUCCUUAUGCAUCAAGUUCCAACUGCUGGACUUCUGGCUCUGAAUAUAAAGCAGUAGUUCCAGUCAUAAUAACAGCUACAGAAACAGUUAUUCAUGAUAAACCUCAAUCACUUCAGUACAACUUAUCUUUAAGGCAGGGGAGGGCUACCAAAAGAAGAUCAAGAAUCCCUACAAGAAUUCAUGAUUGCGGAGAUGCAAAACAACUAGGCAGUUCAGAUUGCCAAACAUUUGGGGGUGCAGGAAGACCGCAGACAUGUAUUGAUGCUUUAGUUGCGGAGAUGCGGGCAUCACUCAAAAAAAAGAAACGAACUAAAAAGAGAACUACUCUUGUCAGUUCAGCACAUUCUUGCUCAAAUGAAAUGCAACAGCACCAUAAAUUUUUGCUGGAAAAUCACAGCCUUCCCUUGCACAACUCAUUAGAUGUUGCUCGUGAAGAGAUAUGGAAAAACAUACAUACUGUGGAUGCAUUGACAGAGCAAUUUAGACACCUUGAUAUAUAUGGAGAAGGCAGAGAGCUAGUGUUGCAUGGGCAGAAUGCACUUGUUCAUGAAAAUGGCACCAUCAUUCCCUUUGAGGGCCCAUUUGAUCCCAUUAAAAAACUGCAACAACGACCUAAAGUCGACCUUGAUGAGGAGACUAAUAGAGUGUGGAAGCUUCUAAUGUUGGAUAUAAACAGUCAUGGGAUUGAUGGAACAGAUGAAGACAAGGCCAAAUGGUGGGAAGAGGAACGAAAUGUAUUCCGUGGACGAGCAGACUCAUUUAUUGCACGGAUGCAUCUGGUACAAGGAGACAGACGCUUUUCUCAAUGGAAGGGAUCAGUUGUGGAUUCAGUGAUUGGAGUUUUCCUCACUCAAAAUGUGUCAGACCAUCUUUCCAGUUCUGCAUUCAUGUCCCUUGCUGCUCGAUUUCCACUGAAGUCAAGCAGCAAAUACAAAAACCAGGAGGAAAACACGAGCUUGAUAGUCAACAAACCACAAGUUUACGUUGUGGAACCAGAAGAGAAUAAACUGGAUGAAAAAAUAUUGAACCAAUCUGUUUAUGAGUUGAGUUCUAUGACAAGAGACAUCAUUCAGCAUUCUGAAGAAAGAGAAGCUGUCAACAACAAUGAUUCCUGCAAAAGGAUUGGUAGCUUAAUUAGCUUAACAGAUGAAUCAAACUGCAAACUGUUGGAAUCAGCUCAAAGACAUAUUAGGGAACAUAGUCCCAUGGAGAGUGGACUAGUUAGUGCUGUGAUUGGAGAAGGGAAAGAAAAUUCAUGUCAUGGGGUUGUUAGGAAAGCAUUAAAUGAUGUAUUUUCAUCCAAAUGCUCUGUCGAUACACCUCAAAUAUCUGGAGAUUUUUCGAUUGAUCAAAAUCCUGAGAAGGUAGGAUCAUUCUCAGAUAGCAACUCAGAAGUUGAAGACCUGUCAAGCGCAGCUAACUACAACAUUUUUAGUAACAGAAUUUCUUUCAGUGAGCUUUUAGAAAUGGCAAGUUCACCAAUGUUACAUGAAGUUGACAGUCAAAGAAGAAAAUCAACUGAGAACUUAAGAGAUGCACAUGGUCAAACUAUAGGCAUGAAGCAUGACAAUCUGACAAAAAACUUAGAAAAAUCAAAUGUUACUCAAGGCUCCUUAGAAGCAUCCACCAUCACAUGCAAUGAAUAUACUUUGAAAAUGACCCCCAACUCAGGAAUACUUCAAGUUAAUUGCUAUGAUCAUCCCAGAAUAGAAGCCUCAUCAAGUGGAUCCUCAAAGAAUGAAUAUGAAAAUGACAUGAAGAGAUCUAGUUUUCCAACAACAGAGUCUGAAAGCCAAGCUGCAGUUGACCAUUCUCAAAGUAUGAUAUCUCAAAUCCAUCUUCAGCAACAAAAUAAUAACAGGCAGCACAAUGUUUUGCACAUUCCAGGACAAACUCAAGAUCCUAUGCAGAAAGCAAGGGAAUUGGAUUUUGAUGACCACAACUAUGCCAUGAGGAAUGAAAACAGUAAGAUAGAUUCUGCCCCAGUAAAAUUAAGGAGAAAACAGCGUGGAAAAGAGAAAAAGGAUAACUUUGACUGGGAUAGUUUAAGAAUGCAAGCAGAAGCUAAGGCAGGGAAAAGAGAGAAGACAGAAAACACCAUGGACUCUGUGGACUGGGAUGCUGUGAGACGUGCAGAUGUCAAGGAAAUUGCUGAUGCGAUCAAAGAAAGGGGCAUGAAUAACAUGCUUGGUGAACGUAUUAAGAAUUUCCUGAACCUAUUGGUUGAUGAACAUGGGGCCAUUGAUCUCGAGUGGCUGAGGGAUGUUCCCCCUGACCAAGCUAAAGAAUAUUUGCUCAGUGUAAGGGGACUGGGAUUGAAAAGCGUGGAGUGUGUGCGACUUUUAACACUGCACCAGCUUGCUUUCCCGGUGGACACAAAUGUCGGUCGUAUAGCGGUACGUUUGGGAUGGGUACCUCUCCAACCCCUGCCUGAGUCACUACAGCUGCAUCUUCUAGAAUUGUACCCGAUUUUGGAAUCCAUACAAAAAUAUCUCUGGCCCCGACUGUGCAAACUAGACCAAAGAACAUUGUAUGAACUGCAUUACCAGCUGAUUACUUUUGGAAAGGUCUUCUGUACAAAAAGCAAACCAAAUUGUAAUGCAUGCCCAAUGAGAGGGGAAUGUAGACACUUUGCAAGUGCUUUUGCAAGUGCAAGGCUUGCCCUGCCAGGACCUGAGCAGAAGAGUAUAGUUAUCACAACUGGAAAUAAUGCAACUGAUCAGCACCCAUCAGCAAUCAUCAAUCAGUUGCCCCUGCCUCUCCUGGAAAACACAAACCAAGCAGAAGAGCUUCAACAAACAGAAGUGAGCCGACAGUUUGAAGCAAAAUCCGAAAUCAAUAUCUGCCAACCUAUUAUUGAAGAGCCGGCAACUCCAGAGCCAGAAUGCUCCCAAGUAUCAGAAAAUGAUAUAGAAGAUGCCUUCUAUGAGGAAUCGAGCGAAAUUCCCACCAUCAAACUAGACAUAGAAGAGUUCAAUCUGAAUUUACAAAACUAUAUGCAACAAAACAUGGAACUUCAAGAAGGUGAAAUGUCAAAGGCCUUGGUUGCUCUACACUCAGAAGAUGCUUGCAUUCCUCCACCCAAGCUGAAGAAUGUGAGCCAGUUGCGAACAGAGCAUUAUGUUUAUGAACUCCCAGAUUCACAUAGCCUUUUGGAAGGGUGGGACAAGAGAGAACCUGAUGAUCCAGGCAAAUACCUUCUAGCUAUAUGGACUCCAGGUGAGACGGCAAAUUCUAUACAGCCACCGGAAAGAAAAUGCAGUUCUCAGGACUGUGGCCAGCUCUGUAAUGAGAAGGAAUGUUUUUCAUGCAACAGUUUCCGUGAAGCGAAUUCACAGAUAGUUCGAGGGACAAUCCUGAUACCAUGUCGAACAGCUAUGAGAGGAAGCUUUCCACUAAAUGGCACCUAUUUUCAAGUCAAUGAGGUUUUCGCAGACCAUGACUCAAGUCUUAACCCAAUUAGCGUUCCCCGAAGUUGGAUCUGGAACCUCAAUAGGCGAGCAGUAUAUUUUGGAACCUCCAUACCAACCAUAUUUAAAGGUUUAUCAACACAAGGAAUUCAACAAUGCUUUUGGAGAGGAUAUGUCUGCGUGCGGGGAUUUGACAGGGAAACGCGAGCACCCCGUCCUUUGAUGGCUAGACUCCAUUUCCCAGCUAGCAGGUUGGCCAAGAACAACAAGGUCAAGACCCAAAAGAAGUCUAAGUCGGCAAACUCACAAGGAUUGGAUUUGAAACCAAAUCCAGAAGAGCCAGAAUUGCUUUCCAGCAUUCCCAACCUUCAGGAGAGGGGUGGAGCCUGAAGAUAAAUCAUUGUUAUUCAUCCCGUACAAUGUGUACAAUAACAAAGUCAUUCUUAACCGACUUUAAGACUUGCAUUGUCAUGCUCGGAGAUUGAGCAGUUUUUUCAGACUAGGAUUAGGACCAAGAAUGUAUUAUGGUAACAUGUAGGCUCUUAGCUUCAUGAAAACGAAUGUGAACCAGAGGAGUUAGGACUACUUAACGCAAAAGCUAAGUAUUUCCUCCAACUCCAGGAGAGAUACACUCGGGAAUAUUCUUCUCUAUAUUUAAAUUUUA